CGUAGUAAGCUGGAGAACCUCCUGAACAAGAGCCUGCGGAUUUCGUAUGCGGACGGGCGGACCUUGGUUGGCUUGUUUCUAUGCACUGACGGGACUGGCAACGUCAUUUUGGGUUCUGCCCAAGAAUACUGUCCCCCUUCAGACUCCUUCUCGGCGGGCGAACCCCGAGUCCUGGGCCUGGCGAUGGUUCCCGGCCAUCACAUCAUCUCCAUCGAAGUCGAGUUGGAGAGCCUCAACUCCCUGCAGUACGUCUGAAGCGCCCCGUCGCUGGAAGGGAGCCCCGUCGUUUUUCGAACACAAGAAGAUUUAAUUUAAAAAGAGAGAGAUUCCUUCCGCCUCCUCGCUCUCUCUCGCCACCCGGGGACAAGGCCCUAGAAGGGCAAAAAAAAUGGACUCAAACCAGAUCCCUCCUGCCCGCCUACACCACCCUCAAAAUUGGAGGAUUCCCUACCAUCCAGGACCUGGGAAAGGCUGACCUGGAAGGACUUUGCAUCUGCCUCCGUUAUUGGAUAAAUCUCGAACUCGGCACCAGUGCUGUGCUUGGCAGUCCCCAGGGAAACUCAUCCUCUUUCUUCUUUCUGCCGAGGAUCGCUAACCCUCGUCUUUCCUCUUCGCAGAAUCCAGGAAUAUUUGCGUCAGGAUUGAGUGAUCAGAAUGAUUAAAACCUGGCUUAGGUGGCCAGCAGGGUGACAAAGAGUUUGGGGGUGGGAAAGAGGAAUGUUAGCCCCCCAAAGAGGCAGAGGUUGGAUUUCUCAAAAGAAUAAAUACCCUUUUACGUUUGAGCCAGCUGAAAAA